AUGAAUUUUCGAUAAAGCCAUUCCAACUAGUAUUAAAGGUUUAUUACCAAGCUUCCAACAAAGUUUUUUCCAAAUCUUAUACCUGAAAUAAUAAAUAAAACAGGAAAGUAGACAAAAGCAGAAAAAAUUGAAGAAUUUGUUGAGAUUUUUCAAGAUUACUUUAAAUACUUACUAGGUAUAGAAAAAAAUGAAGAAGAAUUGCUGCAUUCUGAGAAUAACAUAGGGAAUUUUGAUGAUUACUUAAGCUAAUUUGAUGAACCUGAAGUUGUUCUGAGGUAAUUCUCAAUUAUAUAAAGUUUACCAAACCCAGAUUACACAUCCGAAGAAUUUUAGCUAUAAUAAAAAUAAUAUGAAAUUGUUGAUUAGAUUGUACAAGCCUUAAUUCUAGAGUAAAAAUCUAUUCAGGAUAAAUUAUUUUUAAAAGCAAUCGAAAUGGCAUUCAUUUAAUUGUCUGAUCGUAAGUCCUAUUCUUUAUUUGAGCAAAGAACAAGAGGGUUGGAAACUAUUCCAAAUGAGUAAAGAAACGCAAUGAAUUUAUUAGGAACAAAUUAACAAAUAUUUGAUUAAAGUAACUAAUUUUGUGGUUUUAUUGAAAACAACAAUAAUAAUCACAAUUCAUAAGAUUUUUGGCUUUGUUAAAGAGAAACUUAGAUUUAAAAAGCCGUUAACUAAUUUAGGCAAGAUUUAUUGGAAUUAGCAUCUUAAAAUAAAUGGAAUGUUUAAAUGAUUGCUCAACAAAUUUAAAUCGAUUUUCAAAAAAUUCAAUAAUAAUAUUAGAAAGCAUUUAUUCAAGGAGAAUAUUUAAGAUUGGUCCAAUCUUAAUGGAAUAAAACUAUGAAUGAAACCUCUGACCUUUUAACAUUAGUAAGGAAUAUUUUAAUAGUGUAAUUUUCCAGAAAAGGAUUUAUGGUCAGAUCAAUUAUUUCUGAAGAUGGAUCAAAAAUAUAUCUCUUACUAUAUAUGCCUGAAUAAAUGUUAGAAAUAGCUGCUGAAAAUUGUUAGCUUUAGAAAAAAUUGUGUUUUUGUUUCUCAGAUUUAUUUUCCCUCGAGCCAGUUGAUAAAUAAUUAAGACCCCUACGAUUAAAUGGCAGAUUAUGGAAGCCAGAUGAAUAUAGUAUUUCUUCAUACUUAUAAUAUUUAAGACCAUUAAUUAUUGAGUAAGUAAUGCAAAUAAAUUUUAAGAGAUUAGCUAGAGAUGUGGGUUAAAGUAACAUAAAUAAUGAAUUAUUUGAAUAUGGGAAAAUUAACUUCUAUGUAGAUUAAGAAGGUCCAAGCAGAAUAUUUUUUUCGGUACCGCUGUAUUUUUAAUUCUAUUACACUAAACUCUAAAGUUAUUAUUAACAAUAAUUAAUGUAAAAAGGAGAAUUAAAUAGAUGAAGAAAAGAGUUAUUCAAGCAAAAACUUUCUGUCAUUUAUUGAAAAUUAAGAAUCUAAAACUCCUUUUUAGCAGACUCAAGAAAAAUAUGGUAUUAUUGAUGAAUAUAUGAAAUUUUUUUUAUUAUCAACCUUGAUCAAUAUGUUUGGUGGAUUAUUCCUAUUAAGUUUUACUUUAUUUUGGAUAUGGAUGAUCAUAUAGUUUUAAAUUGUAAAAUUUAAACUUUUAUAUUCAAUAUAAAGGCCUUGGCCAAAAGGAGAUAGUUCCUUAGGAAUUUGGUUUGAAAUACAUUAAUUUUAUUAGUUUACUAAGUAAUUCUAGUUUAAUAUGUGUUUAUUAUUACAAAUAUCUCUAGGAUGAUGUUAUUUAGCUAUUUGUUACUUUAUUAUUUUAUAAUUUCUUUAUCAAAUAUAUUACUAACACAACAUUUUUAAGUCCUCCAUUAAUACUUGAAUAUAUAGUAAAGAGAGGCUAAUACAUAUAUUAGAAUAAUAUUAAAAUCCUUACAAAUAGAAAUAGUCGAAGAGAAUAAGAGAAUAAAGUACUUUUAUAAAGAUGCCCGUUAUAUAAAGUAUUUGGAUCGAAUGGCAUGCAAAGAGCAGAUUAUUUUGAAACAAUUAGUUCCGAUGAUGAAAUUUUAGAUCAUCAGAGAAAAAAAAUUUAGUUGAUUUCUUAAGGAUUAGUUGAACAGGAAACAAAUUAUCUCAUCUCAAAGGCAGAAAUAAUUUAAAAUGAAGAUCAUGUUAAACAAACUGAAAGCCCAAUUAACUCAAAUUCUUCAAAAAUCUCAAAUUCUAGCCCUUUAAAUACUGUCUCUAGUCCUAUAUUUACAGUAUCAAGUUCAAGGUAAAACAACAGAAUGAAAAGUAUUAUUGAUCCUUUUGAGAGCACAGCCUAGAUAUAAAAUUCAGCAGAGGAAAUUUAAAAAUUAGGGAAAGGUAAAUUUUAGUUUAUGAUUACAGAAAUAAUCAAAAAAUUGUAAUAAGUAGAUAAAUUAGACUAUUAGUUUUUUUAUAACUAUUAUAAAAAGUGUUCAAUGAACUGGGCAUUUUAAAUAUAAUCUUGUCAAUCAGGAACUAAAUAGUUAAUCAGGGACAGAACAAUUAUAUGGAGAUUUUUUUUCCGACUUCAAUUAUUAUCCUCUUAUAACAUGCUAUGGAAUGAUUAUAGAUUGGUUUAAAGUUAAUCUUAUAUUAGAAGAAAAUAAAAAGCAUUACAUAAUCUGGAUUAUAAGAGAUUUCAAAUAUUAAAGUAAAGUUUUGAGAAUCAAAAUAAAUACUUUAAAGCCCAAGCAGCUUUAAAAUUUAGUAAAUAGUUUAGAUAAUUUGGGAAUUAACUUAAUUUGGAAGAAAGAAAAGAAUAUAAUGAGCUAGUUCUAAAAUAUAAUAAAUUUAUUGAAAAAAAAUCAUGGCUAAAUUGUAGAAAAGUAACCAUAUUCAGAUACAAGGGUUUAUUUUUUAGGGGAUUUCGGAAACAAAGUAUAAGAAAAUAGGCCAUAUAAUUUGUUUUAGAAUACUAUGAAGCAACUAAAAAGUUGGAGGAAGCUCAAAAUGGGUCAGAUAUACAUAAAAAAUUUAACAAUUUAGUCUAAUAUACGCAAUUAAAUUAAUAUACAUUAGAAUUGUUUAUAGAAUUAUUUAAUAAAUUAGAAUAUGAGUAUAAAAAUUUGAUAUUUAUAUAGGUAAAAAACUAGUUAUAUAUUUCCUUCAGUUAACGGGAGAAUUUAAUAAAAAAAUUAUUAUCUAAAUUCUUUAAAAUCAGAAGUGUUUAAAAAUAUCAUCGAUAAAUCUAAAGACACAUAUAUAUUUGAGUAAUAUUCUACCAAACUAGAAGAGUUUGUUUUAUAAUAUUGCUUAGAUGAAAUGAAUUAAAUUCCUAAGCUAACAAUGAAAAAGCAUCUUCACGAUAUUCUCUGGAUUGUUGAAGUUGAGGAUUAAGAAUAUUUAAUGUAAUUUUUCCAAAUAAAGCAUGGAUAAUAAUUGUAGUUUUUAAAGCAUUAUAACACUGGAUUAGGAGUCUUUGUUAGCGAAAGCAAGAAUUACAUCAGAUUACUCAAUAUCAUCGAUUAAAUUGAUGAUUUUUUAAUAAAAGCUUAUUGUGUAUCCUUAUACCCUUGUUUAGAUUGUAAAACUCUAUAUUAAGUAAUAAAAUUUAGAAAAAAGCAUUCCCUUCAUUACACAAUAGAUUAACUAAUGUAAUUUUUGUAUGCAAAUUUAAUUAUACUAUCAAAGGGUAUUGUAAACAGCCUUUCAAUUUACACUUAUGCUUUAAAUAAUAAUGAAUAUAUGAUUUUAAAUUCUAUUGAACAAGAGGACAAUCCGGUAUUCUAGUUAGUCCAAGUUGUUUUGGAGAUGAUAUCGCUUGACCCUAUUGAAAAUUUGGGGGAGGCUCUUNACCUUGAUCAAUAUGUUUGGUGGAUUAUUUCCAUUAAGUUUUACUUUAUUUUGGAUAUGGAUGAUCAUAUAGUUUUAAAUUGUAAAAUUUAAACUUUUAUAUUCAAUAUAAAGGCCUUGGCCAAAAGGAGAUAGUUCCUUAGGAAUUUGGUUUGAAAUACAUUAAUUUAUUAAUUUUAUUAGUUUACUAAGUAAUUCUAGUUUAAUAUGUGUUUAUUAUUACAAAUAUCUCUAGGAUGAUGUUAUUUAGCUAUUUGUUACUUUAUUAUUUUAUAAUUUCUUUAUCAAAUAUAUUACUAACACAACAUUUUUAAGUCCUCCAUUAAUACUUGAAUAUAUAGUAAAGAGAGGCUAAUACAUUUAUUAGAAUAAUAUUAAAAUCCUUACAAAUAGAAAUAGUCGAAGAGAAUAAGAGAAUAAAGUACAUUUAUAAAGAUGCCCGUUAUAUAAAGUAUUUGGAUCGAAUGGCAUGCAAAGAGCAGAUUAUUUUGAAACAAUUAGUUCCGAUGAUGAAAUUUUAGAUCAUUAGAGAAAGAAAAUUUAGUUGAUUUCUUAAAGAUUAGUUGAACAGGAAACAAAUUAUCUCAUCUCAAAGGCAGAAAUAAUUUAAAAUGAAGAUCAUGUUAAACAAACUUAAAGCCCAAUUAACUCAAAUUCUUCAAAAAUCUCAAACUCUAGCCCUUUAAAUACUGUCUCUAGUCCUAUAUUUACAGUAUCAAGUUCAAGGUAAAACAACAGAAUGAAAAGUAUUAUUGAUCCUUUUGAGAGUACAGCCUAGAUAUAAAAUUCAGCAAAGGAAAUUUAAAAAUUAGGGAAAGGUAAGUUUUAGUUUAUGAUUAACGAAAUAAUCAAAAAAUUGUAAUAAGUAGAUAAAUUAGACUAUUAGUUUUUUUAUAACUAUUAUAAAAAGCGUUCAAUGAACUGGGCAUUUUAAAUAUAAUCUUGUCAAUCAGGACCUAAAUAGUUAAUCAGGGACAGAACAAUUAUAUGGAGAUUUUUUUUCCGACUUCAAUUAUUAUCCUCUUAUAACAUGCUAUGGAAUGAUUAUAGAUUGGUUUAAAGUUAAUCUUAUAUUAGAAGAAAAUAAAAAGCAUUACAUAAUCUGGAUUAUAAGAGAUUUCAAAUAUUAAAGUAAAGUUUUGAGAAUCAAAAUAAAUACUUUAAAGCCCAAGCAGCUUUAAAAUUUAGUAAAUAGUUUAGAUAAUUUGGGAAUUAACUUAAUUUGGAAGAAAGAAAAGAAUAUAAUGAGCUAGUUCUAAAAUAUAAUAAAUUUAUUGAAAAAAAAUCAUGGCUAAAUUGUAGAAAAGUAACCAUAUUCAGAUACAAGGGUUUAUUUUUUAGGGGAUUUCGGAAACAAAGUAUAAGAAAAUAGGCCAUAUAAUUUGUUUUAGAAUACUAUGAAGCAACUAAAAAGUUGGAGGAAGCUCAAAAUGGGUCAGAUAUACAUAAAAAAUUUAACAAUUUAGUCUAAUAUACGCAAUUAAAUUAAUAUACAUUAGAAUUGUUUAUAGAAUUAUUUAAUAAAUUAGAAUAUGAGUAUAAAAAUUUGAUAUUUAUAUAGGUAAAAAACUAGUUAUAUAUUUCCUUCAGUUAACGGGAGAAUCUAAUAAAACAAUUAUUAUCUAAAUUCUUUAAAAUCAGAAGUGUUUAAAAAUAUCAUCGAUAAAUUAAAAGACACAAAUAUAUUUGAGUAAUAUUCUACCAAACUAGAAGAGUUUUUUUUAUAAUAUUGCUUAGAUGAAAUGAAUUAAAUUCCUAAGCUAACAAUGAAAAAGCAUCUUCACGAUAUUCACUGGAUUGUUGAAGUUGAGGAUUAAGAAUAUUUUAAUGUAAUUUUUCCAAAUAAAGCAUGGAUAAUAAUUGAAGUUUUUAAAGCAUUAUAACACUGGAUUAGGAGUCUUUGUUUGCGAAAGCAAGAAUUACAUCAAAUUACUCAAUAUCAUCGAUUAAAUUGA